AUUCCGGUCGAAAUAGGUGACACGUUCUUGUUUCAGCACGAUGCCCGAGACGUCCCCUUACAUGAACGGUUUUCAGAAUGGACACACACCUCCGGAAUUUCCAAACGGAGAAGUUUUCCUAUUUACAUCGGAGUCCGUUGGAGAAGGCCAUCCAGAUAAAAUGUGUGACCAGAUCAGUGAUGCUAUUUUAGAUGCACAUUUAAGUCAAGAUCCUGAUGCCAAGGUUGCAUGUGAAACUGUAACUAAGACCGGUCUCAUCCUUCUUUGUGGAGAGAUAACUUCAAAAGCUGUUGUUGACUACCAGAAGGUUGUAAGAGAAACCAUCAAGCACAUUGGAUACGAUGACUCUUCUAAGGGUUUUGAUUACCGGACUUGUAAUGUGUUGGUGGCGAUUGAACAGCAGAGCCCAGAAAUUGCUGGUGGAGUUUACCACAACAGAGAUGAUUUGGAUAUAGGAGCUGGGGACCAGGGUCUCAUGUUUGGAUAUGCUACUGACGAAACUGAAGAAUGUAUGCCAUUGACUGUUGUAUUGGCCCACAAGCUGAACGAAAGAGUCGCUGAAUUGCGAAGGAAUGGUGUUUUCUGGUGGGCUCGCCCAGAUACUAAAGCACAAGUGACCUGUGAGUAUAAAUUUAUCGGUGGAGCAUGUGUUCCACUUCGUGUCCACACCGUCGUCAUAUCAGUUCAACAUUCAGAAAAAGUAAGCUUAUCUGAAUUGCGUGCUGCUGUAAAAAAAGAUGUUAUUCAUCAAGUCAUCCCUGCUAAAUACCUAGAUUCUGAUACCAUUGUUCAUAUCAACCCUUGUGGAGAGUUUGUUCUUGGUGGACCUCAGUGUGAUGCUGGGCUUACUGGAAGAAAAAUUAUUGUUGAUACAUACGGUGGUUGGGGUGCUCAUGGAGGUGGUGCUUUCUCUGGUAAAGAUUUCACCAAAGUUGACAGAUCUGCCGCUUAUGCUGCUAGGUGGGUUGCAAAGUCUCUCGUCAAAGCCGGUCUCUGCAAACGUUGUCUCGUACAGGUCUCCUACGCCAUUGGGGUCGCGGAACCAAUCUCCAUCACUCUUUUUGACUAUGGUACGUCAACAAAGACACAAAAAGAAUUAUUAGCCAUUGUGAAGAAGAAUUUUGAUCUCCGACCGGGAAAAAUUGUCAAAGACUUAAAUUUGAGAAAUCCCAUUUACCAGAGGACGAGUACUUACGGUCACUUUGGAAGAGAAAUAUUUCCUUGGGAGCAGCCUAAGGAGCUUAUAGAAUAGAGCGUAAAUACCGCAUUCCAUGUUUCCCUUUCCUUUUAAGUACAUCCAUCCUAUUGUAGAGCUGUAGAAAAGCAUUUAGGGAUGUCGCGUUCACUUGCAAAAAAAAAAACAACAAAAAAACCGAGCUCAUGAUAUCGGGAAAAAAGUUUUUAAAAUGUAUGUUUUGUCUUGUAAAUGACUAGGUAGGGAAGUUACUCCCUUGUGUGAUUAUGUUGACUUUAUUAUUAUUAUUAUUAUUUUUUUUUUUUUAUUAAUUCGAAGUGUUGACUAGUAUUUGACCAAUUUUCACCAUAGCUUUAAAACUUCCUAUGAAAUUAGUUUAAAAUAGUAGAUUUUCUAAUUUAUUUUGUUUUGUUUUUUAAAUUGUCUUAUUCUUUUAAGAAUUAAAAAAAAAAAUGAACAAUAAUUGUCUCAUAUUUCGAUCGGAAGAUGAAAGGGGGUUCACAAUAUUCUGUCUGACACAUUUGCCUUUCACCAGGAUUUUUUUCUUUUCAAUUCUUCUAAUUUAACACUGCAUUCCUUUUCACUUUUAUCGUCUGAGGAAUCUCGGCGAUGAAGAAAUUGUACUUCUCAUCGCUGCAAUGCCAUGUGCUAUAGUUUGUAACAUUUCUAAUUUAUUAAUUCUCCAAUGUUGAGAAGUUGUAGAGUUAAAUCAGUAAUUAGCACACGGAUUGUGUUGUGUUUACUUAAAAGAAACAAAUCGGGAAAAGAGCUUUUUCGUGAACACUCCGAUUCCUCGACACUUAUCUUCACUUGUCCCAAAAAAUAUACUAAUUUCAGAAAGAUAGCCUCACCCCCCCUUAAAUGCACUUCUUUUGAUUUUUAUUGAUUUUGUCUUUUUAUCUUUGGUUUUAAAAUAAGGUUCGAUUAAAUUAUUUAAAUUUAGUUUUAGUCAAUAAACAAUGUGAAAUUAUAGACUACUUAAUGAUUUUUUUUUCGUAAUUCCUAAUGAAAUGUGAAAAAAAUUACCAAUAAAAAUUUUGUUUUUGAGUUAUAAGUUUUUUUUAACCUUCUCUUUCUUC